AAUUCUCACUCCUCCGCUCUCCACACGCCUCCAGCCUCCGAGCUUGUCGCUUCCACCUCCCAUGGCGUCCACCACCACCAAGAACGCCCUGCUCCUCCUCCUCCUCCUCCUCCUCCUCUUUCCUCUCCUCCACUCCUCCCUCGCGGACGUCGCCGCCGCCGCGCCGUCCUCCGCGUCGGCGGCGGAGGUGGACGCGCUGAUGGAGCUGAAGGCGGCGCUGGACCCGUCGGGCCGCCUGCUGCCGUCGUGGGCGCGCGGCGGCGACCCGUGCGGCCGCGGCGACUACUUCGAGGGCGUCUCCUGCGACGCGCGCGGCAGGGUGGCGGCGGUGUCGCUGCAGGGGAAGGGACUCGCCGGCGCCAUCUCGCCGGCGGUGGCCAUGCUGCCGGGGCUCACCGGGCUGUACCUGCACUACAACGAGCUCGCCGGGGCCAUCCCUCGCCAGCUCGGCGACCUCCCCAUGCUCGCCGAGCUCUACCUCGGCGUCAACAACCUCUCCGGCACCAUUCCCGUCGAGCUCGGCCGCCUCCCUGCUCUCCAAGUACUGCAGCUCGGGUACAACCAGCUCUCAGGGAGCAUCCCUACUCAGCUGGGCCAGCUCAAGAAGCUCACUGUGCUUGCCCUCCAGUCCAACCAGCUCACCGGCGCGAUCCCGGCAUCUCUCGGGGACUUGCCGGAGCUCGCACGGCUGGAUUUGAGCUCAAAUCGCCUCUUCGGAUCGAUCCCUUCCAAGCUCGCCGCAAUCCCCAAGCUUGCCACAUUGGACCUCAGGAAUAACACCCUUUCAGGAAGUGUUCCUUCUGGCCUGAAGAAACUGAACGAGGGGUUUCACUUCGAUAACAAUUCAGAGCUCUGUGGAGCUCACUUUGAUUCUCUGAAACCAUGCGCAAACGGCGAUGAAGACGAUAAUGAAGAAGGCAGUAAAAUGGCUCGUAAACCUGAAUCAACCAAUGUCAAGCCACUGCAAGCUCCACAGACUAUGAAUGUGAACAGAGACUGCGACAAUGGCGGCUGCUCAAGGUCAUCGUCGUCGUCGACGACGCUCUCUUCAGGGGCUAUUCUUGCUGGAACAAUCAUCAUCAUCGGCGGAGCGGCGGCGUGCGGGAUAUCGGUGAUCUCGUGGCGGCGCCGGCAGAAGCAGAAGGUCGGCGGCGGCGGCACGGUGGAGAGCUUGGAAGGACGAGCUAGUAGUAGCAAUGCGUCGUCGUCGUUGAUCAACGUGGAGUACUCGAGCGGCUGGGACACCUCGUCGGAGGGGUCGCAGCAGGGGCUCCGGCUAUCGCCGGAGUGGUCGCCGAGCGUGAGGUACAACAUGGAGGAGGUGGAGUGCGCGACGCAGUACUUCGCCGGCGCGAACCUGCUCGGGAGGAGCGGCUUCGCGGCGACGUACAGGGGGGCCAUGCGCGACGGCGCGGCGGUCGCCGUGAAGAGCAUCGGCAAGAGCAGCUGCAAGGCGGAGGAGGCCGACUUCCUCCGGGGGCUCCGGGCGAUCACGUCGCUCCGCCAUGACAACCUCGUCGCGCUCCGCGGGUUCUGCCGCUCCCGCGCCCGAGGCGAGUGCUUCCUCGUCUACGAGUUCAUGGCCAAUGGCUCCCUCUCCCGCUACCUCGACGUCAAGGACGGCGACGUCGUGCUCGACUGGGCCACGCGUGUCUCCAUCAUCAAAGGCAUCGCCAAAGGAAUCGAGUAUCUGCACAGCAGCAAGGCGAACAAGGCGGCGCUGGUGCACCAGAACAUCUGCGCGGACAAGAUCCUGAUGGACCACCUCUUCGUCCCCCACCUCUCCGGCGCCGGCGAGCACAAGCUGCUCGCCGACGACGUGGUGUUCUCGACGCUCAAGGACAGCGCCGCCAUGGGCUACCUGGCGCCGGAGUACACGACGACGGGGCGGUUCACCGACCGGAGCGACGUCUACGCCUUCGGGGUGGUGGUGUUCCAGGUGCUGACGGGGAGGAAGGCGGUGUCGUCGGAGCUCCGCCUCCUCGGCGGCGGUGGCGGCGCGGAGUACUCCGGCAAGCUGGACGACCUCGUCGACCCGCGCCUCGGCGGCCGGUUCUCCAGGCCCGAGGCCGCCAAGCUCGCCGGCAUCGCGCUGCUCUGCACCAGCGAGUCGCCGGCGCAGCGCCCCGCCAUGGCCGCCGUUCUGCAGCAGCUUGGCGCCACCCAGUAGUGACAGCGUCAAGCUGCCAUUGUCACUGUAGGUUCACCUUGUAUUAUUAGCUAGGUGCCUAGGUGUUGUAGGAGCUAGCUAGCUGCCAUUGUCGUUCUUCCAAGCUCCACCUUCGGUUCCUUUCUCAGGAACUCGAUCGUUUGCAAGUUAGCCAUUGUUACAUUUGCCAGAAUUGAAGAGGUUACUGCAUGAUUAACACUACAAUAAAAUUUUCCAUAUAUGUUUUCUUUUUCCAAA